UCUCUCUAGGGCCCUUUUCAAGACAACAGUGGAUAAGGAAGAUACAGAUUGAAGGUUGAAGAAAGGAAUGUAUAACAUACGAACUUAAUUUUACAGAGACAAAGAAGAAAAGAAGUCUCUUCCUAUCAACUUCUGCUUCUCAUUGGCCUUUGGAGCUGUCAAAAUAUUCAAUUUUGAUGGAAUGGAAGCUUUGUUAGAACUGGUUGGGAGACCUGUUUUUCUCCAGGAGCUGAGAACUGGGUUUUGCACUAAUUUGAUGCAACUAAUUUUGCCGAGCCAUGCACCCAAUUAAUGCCUCUAAAACAAACUAACAAUCAAAGGUCUAGGUUCAUGAUUCUUAUGAUUGUUCCAAUAAGAGGAAAGAUGCAUGUGAGGGAGCAUUGGUGAAUGGUCCAAGAUUUUCCUGAAUCCAAGAAUAAAUGGUCUUGAGAAGGUAUGUGUAGUUUAUUAAACAUCUAUCGUACCUUUGAAUGUAUGUUACCCAGAUGAGAGUUGCUUCACAGUAUCCCCAGUAUUGUGUACAAGGUGCAUGUCGUCCCUAAUUGAAGCGUCAAGGCAUGAACUUGCUGAUGAUGGAGAUCUAUUCUAGCAUCCUGCUUGUAGAAGUAAAAUCAAAUAUAUGUGGAUAUCCAAGCAAAAUGUUCCCACCCUACAAUUCUAUGAUUUUAUCAAAUGCCGCUAGGAGUUCAUAAAUAAAACGGGUCAUCUUGAUACCUCUCCGAAGGACUUCUGCGAAAAACAUUGAGUGAUAUUCAAGCCCUGGUAAUGUUAGAAUUCUUUUUGAAGAUUUUAUUAUUCUUGUAACUCUUUAGUUCCAUAUGGAGAAGAAACUUUGUAGGAAUGUUAUUUCCAAAGCGGGAGUUUCCAUCUGGAUUUCCGCGUAAAAGGAUUUCAUUGUGUGGCCGAACGCUAACGUUCAUAGGGGACAGUGCGAUCUGGAAGUUUGC